AGAACAAACUCCUAACAGGAGGAGACUCACUCAUGGCCUAUGAGACAGAGGAUCAGGAGACUCAAUACUGCUUUCCUGCCAUCAACUCAUCAUGUGUUAAAGGACGACACUCAAGUCAUGGAUAUAUCGCAUAUUUGCUUGUGUCAUUGCUGUCAGCAUGGACUGUGUUUCUGAACCUGCUGGUGAUCAUCUCCAUCUCUCACUUCAAGAAGCUUCACACUCCAACCAACAUGAUUAUUCUCUCUCUGGCUGUGACUGAUCUGCUUGUUGGACUUCUCAUGCCUGUAGAGGCCAUCAGACUGAUUGAGACAUGUUGGUAUUUUGGAGACACUUUCUGUGGACUCUAUUUAUUAUUUGUUGCAUUACUCCUUUCAGCAUCUCUUGGUAAUUUACUUCUAAUUGCUGUUGAUCGUUAUGUGGCUUUAUGUCACCCUUUACUGUACCCACAGAAAAUAACAAUCACUAAAACUUUAAUGAGUAUCUGUCUGUGCUGGUUUUGCAUAUCAGUUUAUAACACUGCCCUUGUAAUUAAUAAUGGGAAUUUGGACACUUUAAACAGAAAGGAUGAGUGUUAUGGAGAAUGUUUCCUCAUGAUAAGGUUUAGUUGGAUAGUCAUUGACCUAUGUGUUUCAUUAUUUUUUCCUUGCACCGUGAUCAUUAUAUUAUAUUCCAGAAUUUUCUGUGUUGUUCAUCGGCAAGUGAAGGUUAUAAACUCUCUGAUGAAGGGUGGUAAAUGUGUAAUGAAGAGUUCAAUGAAGAGGAAAUCUGAGAGUAAAGCUGCUCUGACAUUAGGAAUAAUCGUGUCAGUUUAUCUACUUUGCUAUAUCCCAUAUUGUAUCUGUUCUCUAACAGUCAACUCUUUGACAGUACUGAAUGUCUUAAUAUGGCUUCUGUAUGCUAGUUCAGGUCUGAAUCCUCUGGUUUAUGCUUUAUUUUACUCCUGGUUUAAAAAGACAGCUAAAAUCAUUUUAACUCUGCACAUAUUUCAGCCGGCAUCCUCUCUGAUCAAUAUUUUUACAGAACAUUAAUUAUAAUUACUUCCAAAGCUGUCACUAAUAAAGUCAUAUGAAUAUUUAUAUCUGUAAUUUUCACCAAAGUUCAUGAAACUCAAUUAAAAAUUGAUGUUUGAUUUAAGUAACUUCUGUGCUGUUUAUAUAAAAAGUAAAUACAAAUUCAAUUUACCAGACUAGAAAUUAUUACCACAUUAUUAUUAUGCGGGUAAAUUAGCUAUAGGGAAAAGAGCUUAUGUGGCUCACCUUGCUUUUUGCUUCAAGUCUUAAUUCCUAUAUUAAUGUUUUCAUAAUAAUAUUUAACACCAUAAGGGGGUGUAUUCUUCCAGAAUUGAUUUUGGUGUUCAAACCUGAUCAAAUCCACCUGCUCGUAGAAAAUGAACUUGACAUUUGCUGUGUCUCAUAAGAAAACACAAUGCUGAAGUGUUGAAAUUCUACAGGCAACUUAAUUCAUGGACAUAAAUGUCUAAUGGACACACCAGACCUGCUUAUUAGAGCUUUUAAUUUUAUAUGGCAUUAAAUAAGUAUUAAAUACGAGUGUUGUGUUGUGUUAAUAUUGAGCAUCACACCUCUAGCCCAACAGAGGAGCUCCAGAAGGGGAAAAAAAAGGAGAGCUGAUGACAGUGAAGGACGAGAGGAGCAGGCCUCAGCAACUUUAUGAUGCUCUUCUGCUUAUAUUAGUGCAGCAGCUGUCUAGAAAGCUCUGCUAUUGUUAAUUAAAUUUUGUUGUUUAUUUGUUUUAGGAUUAAAUCUAAGUUGUAUUAAUUGUUUGCUAGUUCAUGAACUAUCGACUUUGUUUCUGCAUCGUUAUAUUAGUUAUCACAAUAGAGAAAAUAUAUCUAUAUAUAAUGACAUAAACUACAUUGUGUUUGUUCUACUAGUUUGAAAAAUAAAACUCAUAAAAUACAAA